CUCACUUUGACAACGUCAGCCAACACAUUUAUGUCUUGUUCUGUGCAGCUAAGCCUUGUUACCGCUACUGUGUGCAUCUGCGUCGUCCUGUGCGACGAUGGCCACGGCAUCUACAAGAAGUUCCCGCCGGCGUCCUUCACCAUCGGCUUCGGCCAUGAUCAUGGUUUGAAGAUCGCCCAUGGCGGCCUCAAGGUCGGCGUGGGCUUCGGCGGGGGCGGCGGCGGCGGCGGCAUCGGCCUGGGUCUCCUGCACCGCAUAGGCGGCGGCGGCGGCGGCGGCGGCUACGGUGGCGGAUACGGCGGCGGAUAUGGUGGUGGUCAUGGCGGUGGUCACGGCAUUAGCAUCGGCCUCCUCGGCCACGGCAUAAACCUCGGCCACGGUGGUGGCCACGGCGGGGGCUAUGGCGGUUACGGAGGAGGAUACGGACAUGGCUGGUGGUAGAAGCCCAAACCACUUUCAUCGAAUCAUCUGCAUUCCCGCUUCUGGAAGCUGGGAGGCGACCAUCAUCUGUACAUUACUGCCAUCGUCACACAUCUGACACGGCGCCCGUCCAACACCACUCUGUCUGGGUCCAACGGUGGUUCGGAGGCGCUGCCCAGGCGGCGAAUCGCGAGGGCGCGUGGGCUACGUCCAGUGCGUCCAUGUUUCUCACCUGUCAGUAGCUGAGCUCUGUUCGGGGCGAGCCGACAGAGACGCCCGCGGUGCCCAGCUUACGUGCCCAUAUCACAGGCAUUGCUCAAACGACGGGGGCACACACAAUGCCCUUGGGCGUCUGUUCUAAGAAGAGCUCGAACAUACGGCCAGUAUUUCUCUAGCUGCUACACGGAAGUCACCUCAUUGCGUAUGCAUUCGCACAGGGUCGCGACAGAUCGUUCAGAGACGGUGCAUACAGACCGGUUAACUUGUUUGUUCUGCGAAAGGAGCCGAGCAACGUGCUGAAGAAAAAAAAAAAGCACUAAGAACAUGAAUUAAUCCGACGUUGGUGAAUGACCUAGUCGGUGUCCCGAUCCCAAUGUCAGCUGCAUAGCGCAGGCUGGAGGAAAUUCCCGUCAGUCAGUUCGUUGCUCUAACCUGCGCUCUGCGGCUGCUUCCUGGGUCACUCUCUUACUGUCUUCGUUCAGAUUUUUGCUUUUCUUUCUGAUCACGUUGCACUGCUCUUUCUACAAAAUCGACUCAUUUCAUGUCAGCCCGUAAUUAUUCAGCUCGAUAAUGUCUCGUAGCUCACCUAAAUUUCAUUGACUGCAAACGCUAGAUUGAUAAAUACAUGCAGUCUUGGUGAAAAAAAAAAAAAAAAAAGAUACACGUACUGAAACCAGUGCGCGCACACACAAACGAAAAUAGCAUAUGUUCAUGCAAGGACAGAUAACUAUUCACUACGGUAAUUCCAAAUAGGUGCUAAUUUCAUUUUGUUUUAUGUUGUCUCUCAUAUCUUUAUGUUGGGUAUGGCGCGGUCACACAUGGGCUAAACUUUUUGUUGUUUUUUUAAUCACAUUCUGGCGUAAGGGUGUUAACUUAUUGAGCUGAGCUUUCAUUGAAGAACUCCACUGACCGUUGUACACACUUUUUUUUAAAGGUGCGCCUAGACAUGCAUGGGUAACGGUUGUUUAGCACACGCAAGUCGGGAAAUUACAACGCAGUUCAAUAAAUGCAUUCCAUGACCCGUGGCUAAGGUAUUGCGCGGUUUGUAGCGUAACCUUCUACCAUCUGUAUUUUGUUGUUAUAUUGUCACUGCCAUUUUCCCUACUACAUCCAUAACGAAGGUGACGUGGAACAGAAACGCGACUUUGACAGUCUCUUUUUUAUGUUUCGUGUAAUUAAACAUGCACGAUAA